ACACACACACACAGGCCGUCAUUCGUGGGCGCCUGCGCUCCAAGUUAAUGACCCAGUCGGGGUGUGGGUUUGCACGCGGGUCUCAGCCUGCCCUCUGCUGCCUUGCCCUACCGGGUACGGACGCUGCGUUACCGACGCUGCUGCCCUCUGCCUCCGACUGACUCGCAGGGAAGUGAGUCAUCUUUGCCAGAUACAGCCAGGGCUCAGCUGUUCCCGGUUCCGCAGGAAAAAUAGAAUCUCUGGCCUCCUAUUACGGCUGUCAAGGCGCUGGGGAGGUGGAGACUGGGAUGCCCUCCCCUCUGGCUCCCGAGGCAUAAAGGAGAACUUCGCCCCUGGAGUCCAGGAAGACCGGCAGCAGGGCUCGAAGCUGGCAACGCGCUGCGGAGACCCAGAAGGCUAGGACCCAGAAUCUCUCAAAAUGGCCAACCAGAUCUACAGCACGACUCCUAGGAGUACCUGGAAAAAAGGGGUGAACCCUGACCUGGACAUUGAGAGGCAGAACAAGUCAUUUGAUGUCGAGAGACUCACAAACAUCCUAGAUGGCGGUGCAGAAUUUACCCAGAAACGGAGACAAAUUGAGAGCAUCAUUCACAGCAGCCCCGUGUACAGCAUAAAGAAUAAUUACUUCAUGAGUCAGAACCAGCGGUAUGAAGCCGCCAUUCAGAAGAGUGUUCAUUACCAGAAGCUGAUGAAGCAAAGGGGCUGGAAGGAGGACGGUGCUGAACUACGUUAUAUCAACAGGGCCCUCGCAGGAGACACAGCCUUUAACAUACACUUAGUGUUCCAGAAAGCCCUCAAGAGCCUGGGUUCAGAUGAGCAAAUCAAGAAGUGGGGUCCCCUGACAGAAAACUUCCAGAUCAUUGUGACCUACGCUCAGACAGAAAUGGGACAUGGGACAUACCUUCAAGGUCUUGAGACGACAGCCACCUAUGAUGCUUCCACCCAAGAAUUUGUGCUGAACACACCAACGUUAUCCGCAACCAAGUGGUGGCCUGGAGAUUUGGGCAAGACAGCGACCCACGCUCUGAUCCUGGCGCAGCUGUACUGCUCAGGAAGGUGCCACGGUAUGCACGGCUUCUUCGUGCCCAUCCGGAGCCUUCAAGACCACUCCCCUCUGCCAGGAAUAACUGUAGGAGACAUUGGGCCCAAAAUGAACUUUGAGCAAACAGACAAUGGCUUCCUCCAGUUAGAUCAUGUGCGGAUUCCCAGGGAAAACAUGUUGAACCGUUUCUCCCAGGUUUUACCAGACGGUACUUACGUGAAGCGGGGCACCCCCCAAAGCAACUACCUCGCCAUGACCGUGAUCCGGAUCCAGCUGCUGGCCGGCGAGUUCAUCCCUGCCCUGAUGAAGGCGUGCACUAUUGCCACCCGCUACUCAGUCAUCCGGCGCCAGUCCAAGAUCAAGCCCAGUGAGCCAGAGGUGAAAAUCCUCGACUAUCAGACCCAGCAAGAGAAGCUGUUUCCCCAGCUGGCCAAGGCCUAUGCCUUCCAUUUCAUAGAUAAAAGCAUCAAUGAAUUCUUCAAAGAAUCCUACCAAGAGAUACUCAAUGGAAAUGCCACCAGCCUGCCAGAGCUUCACGCACUCAGUGCAGGAAUGAAGGCCAUGAUGUCAGACCACAGCAUCCUGGGGGCUGAGGUCUGUCGGAGGGCCUGUGGUGGGCACGGCUACUCCCUGCUGAGUGGACUGCCCUCCCUGGUCACAAAAAUAACAGCUUCUUGUACCUAUGAAGGAGAAAACACGGUGCUGUACCUGCAGACAGCCAGGUAUCUGGUAAAGAGCUACCUCCAGGUUCAAUCUUCCCAAGGCUCUCUGUUGCAGACGACCCUUCCUCAGUCCAUCCAGUAUCUCACUUCAACUCUGACAGACAGGUGUCCAGCACAGAAGACAGCAGACUUCCUCAGCCCGGCCCUCUACACUGAAGCCUAUGCACAUGUAGCAGCCAGGCUUAUAAGGAACUCAGCUCACAAACUACAUGAACUGACCAGCUCGGGGACUGACCAGUAUGUGGCAUGGAACCAGACCACCAUCCUGCUCAUCCAGGCAGCCAAAGCCCACUGUUACCACUUCACUGUGAAAACUUUUGUGGACUCACUAAGAAAACUUGAAAAUGAACCAGAGAUCUACCAAGUAAUGAAACGACUCUGUGACCUGUAUGCCUUAAACGGCCUUGUGUCUAAUUUGGGUGACUUCCUACAUGACGGCUACAUGUCUGGGGCCCAAGCAGACCUAGCAACAGCGGCCUAUGUCGACCUCCUUUCUCUGAUCCGGAAAGAUGCAGUUUUAUUAACUGAUGCCUUUGACUUCUCCGAUGAGUCCUUAAAUUCUGCACUUGGCUGCUAUGACGGGAAUGCCUACGAACGGCUGUUUGAGUGGGCCCAGCUAUCACCAACCAAUACUGAGGGGAAUCCUGCCUAUGAGAAAUACCUGAGGCCAUUCUUAAAAAGUAACCGAUCCAAAUUAUGAGAUUUGCCACCUACGAACUGUGUUUUACAUUCAAGAAGCAGAAUGAAAUCACCCUCUAAAUUUAUAAAUAUGUGAUCAAGGAAAAUCCAGGGUAUUUAAGCUGAGGAAAAGGCAAGCAAAUCAUUAGCCAUUAGAUGGGUGCCUGCAGCAGUACUGUUUUAUAGAUUCUGUGAAAAAAUAAAACUUUCCUCAUCAAAUGCCUAGUUCUUGACAAACUUCUCAAAUUCACAAAAAGAAACCAAUGGAUACAAGCAGGAGCUAAUAAUCAAAUCAGCCUAAUCCUCUGAAGAGCAAUACUUAUACCUGAUUUUUUACACAGUAAAUUUAACACUUUUUUAUCACAUUUAAAGUACUAGAUUGUCUCUAUUUUAAACACCAUUUUCUUACAGAAUAUCCUACCACAAAUCAAAUGAAUAUAUUACCAACUCAAGUUUGCAACUAAUCCAUUUAAACAUUUAGCUGUUAUGUGAUUAAAUGGAACAAUGUACUAAUCAUUUGAAAAUCUGAAAGAAAAUGACUUUGGUUUCAAGGCUUUUGACUCCACUAGGUGACUGAAUAAAGAAAAAAAAGAUGUUGAGAAUGUUUCA